AUGAGUAAACAAUAUAAAGACAUUAGAGCAAAUUUUGUAUUUGAUGUUGCUCCUAGAAGUACUCACUAAUCUAGUGAUGAAAUGCCAAUUGCAAUAAAGCAAACGGACCCAAUAAGAAUUGAUAAUCAGGAAUAAGAUACUCAGGGAAUGAGUUAAUAACGAUAAUAAAAUUUUGAUGAGGAGAAGUUGAAAUCAUAUUAGAAAAUGUUUGAAAUGUGUCAAUAAUUAUAUAAUGAUAAAGCUUAACUAAUAGAUGUAUAAUUGUAUUUAAUUAGAGACAGUUGAUUAAUAAUAGAAAUAAAUAUUAGAACUAGAGAGAUAAAUUAAUGGAUAUGAGAAUUUGUAAGCGAAUUAUGAAAAGGAAUAGAUGCAAUUAAAAGAAGAAUAAUAGUAAUAUAUUUAGGAGAUUGAAACAUUGACAUGUCAGUUAUAAAUAGUGAUGGAUUAAAGAUAGGAUAUAAAUCAAAUAUAAAAUAAUUAAGAUGAACUUUAUGAAUAAUUGAUGAAUUUCAUUUAUAAAGAGAAUCUUUCAGAGUUGAUAAAUGACUUGGAUAAAAGUAAUAAAAAGAUGAUUGUAUAGUUUUUAGUAGAAUAUGUAAAUUGUUGUUUUGAUGGUUUAGUUAAUCAACUAAUAUGUAUAAAAAAAAAAUCAGGAAGAAAUCUAUUAGAUCCACAUUUAAGACAAUAUAUAAAUAAUUUAUGAUUUAUAAAGUAAAAUUUAAGACCUUACUUGUAAUCCUUUCAGAAUAACUACUCCAAAAAGUGUGUUUAGUGACACUUUAAAAUAGAGUAAGAUGAGCAACAGUGCAAGCAAUUUCCAUAAAACUAGUAAUAAUAAUAAUGUUGAUAAGGAGGAAUUAUAAUAAAAGAUAGGUAUUUUUAUACUCUUAAUUAGUUUCUUUAAAGCGUUAAGGAAAACAAAUAAAUUAAAAAUGGCAAGAGUUUUGUGAAAAUAUUCUAAAGGAAAGAAAUGAAGUAAUUAAAUACCACAAGAAACAAAUUGAAUUAAUUAAUGAAUAAAAUCUAGAAUUAAAGAAAACUAUCUCUGAAAUUAUACAAUAUUUGGGAUAAAAUUAAUAAGAAUUGUGGAUACAAAUGUUAGAUAUUAAAUAAAAAAUACAGUUGAAGGUUAUUGAUUUAAGUAGAAGUGACAAUAUCAAUAAAUUAUUAGUAGAAGCAGAGCUGAAACAAUUAUUCUCUAUAUAGGCACAAUUAAAAAGCCAAUUAAAUCGUAAUAGACCAUUAAGAAAAGAUUUAUAAUGA